GCUUUUGUCACAGGGGAAAGAACAGCCACACUUUUCCACACCAGCAAAGGUCAAAUUGAAGUAUAAAAGAAGGGGAGAAGCACUCAUUCCUUGUAAAACUGUUCUGACACACUGCAGACAUGCUUAGGUUUCUGGUGUUGACAAGUCUCGCAGCUGUUGCGCUGGCUGAGCUGGAGCCCCAGCCCAGGUACCUGGAGGACAGCUUUCAAAGGGUAGUGGGAGGUGAGGAGGCCAGACCCAACUCCUGGCCCUGGCAGAUCUCUCUUCAGUACAGAUCUGGCAGCAACUACUAUCACACAUGCGGAGGAACCCUGAUUGAAAAAGGCUGGGUUAUGACAGCUGCUCACUGUGUGGACAGCAACAGGACGUGGCGUGUCAUUCUCGGUGAACAUGACCUCAACAAACCCAGUGGCAGCGAGCAGAUCAUGAGCGUCAGCCGUGUUUACAUCCAUCCCAGAUGGGACCCUGCCAGAGUGUCUGCUGGGUAUGACAUUGCCCUGCUGCGUUUGUCCUCUGACGCCACCCUGAACUCCUAUGUCCAGCUGGGCUCUCUGCCUCCCUCCGGCCAGAUUCUGCCCCAUAACAACCUCUGCUACAUCACCGGAUGGGGACGCACUUCCACUGGUGGCAGCCUGUCCGCCCAGCUGAAGCAGGCCUACCUUCCUCUGGUCGACUACGAGACCUGCUCCAGCUCCAGCUGGUGGGGCAGCACUGUCAAGACCACCAUGGUGUGUGGUGGUGGUGGUGCUGAGGCCGGAUGCAAUGGUGACUCUGGAGGCCCUCUGAACUGCCUUGUUAAUGGAAAAUACUACGUCCAUGGUAUUGCCAGCUUUGUGUCUGGGCUGGGUUGUAACGCUCUCAAGAAGCCCACCGUCUUCACCCGUGUCUCCGCCUACAUUGAAUGGAUGGACUCAAUCAUGGUGUAAACAGAAGACUGUCUACUGUCCUUCCUGACUUGUCUGGUCUCAUUCUACAAAAAAAUAAACCUAAUUAAACUUCGA